AUGCCUUCGCCACGUGAUGCUAUGCCGAGCGGUCGCUAUGUAAGCCACGGACGACGGUGUCCGAUGGUCAUGGAGUGCGUGUUAAUGUUGGUCAUAUUGAUUCCGCUAAUCGACGGCGGCACCGGAAGUCCGGACGCGCACGGCACCAGUCUGUACAAGGUCACGGACAUAUACCGGAAGACGUGGACUUCGGCCGAUUGUAUAGAACUCCAGUGCCGGAAGUCGAUUGGGUUGUUGAUUCCCGGGGCGAAUUUCACCGACGGCGACGGCGCCGGCGUAAGGUUCCUGCAGUACUUCGAUGUGGUCAAAGCUGAAGCCAAGAAAAUCGUGUCUUCUGUGGCCAGAAAACGCGCCAUGAUCGCUGUCGUGGACGUCCUGGGAGGUUACUUACACACCAAGCUAUUGCCGCACGUCAGAGAGCAAUACUAUGCGGGCCGGGCCUCUUACUCGACGGUCAAACAGUUACAUGACCUGGAUAAAAAUAUAAAGUACAUUUUGGGCACGGACGGCCGAGGUUGGGCGAGACCGAUAGUGAGAGACCAGAGGUCCAGCGAGGACGUGUCGUUAGCGAUGUGGCGGGCAGCCGAACGUGAGCCACGAACGGCGGUUAGGCCCGGUGACGGGUCUUCGGAACGUUGCGGUGGCGUGGCCGUGGGCCGUUACGGUUUGCUGGGCAACGACGACCCCGUGCCGUAUUUCGACAACAACACGAGACCGCAUUCUGUGGUGGUGCCAUGGCGCCAGGGGCGGACUGUGCUGUACGGCAUCCGGGACGCCGGUUGCUAUCGGACGCUGUUCGACCACCUCGCUGCGGCCACAGCGGCCAACAUGCACGGACGCAGCGACACACUGCGUCAGUGGCUGGACGAGGCCGUUCUGCCGCUCGUGACGGCUCGGGCCACGGACCGAUGGUAUCCGGCUCUGUGGGGCGUUACGCUCGUGGCCAGGCGUCUAAAAGACGUGGACGCCGUCACUCGUGUUGGCGAUCGGGACGGUCGGGGUGGCGGCCGUGGCCACCGCCUGCAAGUGGACUGCGAUUGGACGACCGCGGAGGUGCCCGGCCACAAUUUUUAUGCGGCCAUCGUCCUGGCGUCCGCGUACGUCUGCUGGUCGGUGGCCCUGAUCAUCGCACUUUAUCCCACCGAAGUACAAUAG